CCGGUUUUGAUUGGAUAAGCCAAAGCAGUAUAAAGCUCAUAUUCUAAACUCUACUCCAAGACAGCUUCAUUUGAAGACUUGUCAGUUAUGUAAUGAAAUAGACUGAAAGCUAAUGCCAAUAAAUGUUGAGCACUGGACUUUCUUCCUUGUUGAGUUAACACAAUUGUCAAUAAUAUAGGAACAUUAAGUUACUUAGAUAUUCAGUAAAAAUUGUACAAUAGGACAAUUUAGCUGUACAUCUGAAUUAUUGACACAUGUUUACUGUCAAUACAAGGACAUUACUUCACAAGUUAUCUAAUGUACUGAUAUUUUGUAUGUUGCUGUGAUGGAAGAAGUUUGAAUGUUUUAUAUUGCUACUGGACUGCAUCUUAAUGUUCUAAUAAAGACUGAGGAGCUUGGAUUGAUUGCAGCAAACUUCAAAAAUCAUCUCUGUCACCAGGAGCUUACAUCAACUACAUGAUCAAAAUGCUUGGAUUAUACAUAAAAACUGAUAGAAGAUACAGAAAGAGAAUUUCAAGAUAGCAGUUGCACAAUUUUUUCAACAAAUUUCAAGAUAGUAAAAAUGUAUGUUGAUAAAUAUUUAUCCCUGCCACAGACAGGUGUUUCUGAACCAUACAGCAGUGCAAAUAUAUCAAAUUCUACAGAUUUUCCUACAGUAUAUUAUCCAAAUGGAACUGUCUAUGGGAAUGAGUACAUGUACUAUUACGAUACCACUUAUGAAGAAUAUUAUUCACACAACGCUACUUUUAACCUGUCCCACUGCAACAUUGACUGGGAAAGUAUUCUGGACAAACUACCUGGGUACGAAAUCUGCAUCCAUAUUCUUCUACCUAUAAUCUGUGCUAUAGGGAUCGUGGGAAUAAUUCUAACAGUGAUUGUUCUCAGCCGCAAAACAAUGUCUACUUCUACAAACAGUUAUUUAAUAUCUCUUGCGAUGUCUGACCUGGCAUUCUUACUUAUCAUGGCAACCCGAUGUAUUGAGACAAAGUUAUCCAGAGAAAUCCAUUACCACUAUAUGUUGAUCAUGAACUAUAUAAACAUCUUCCUACUCUCGUUUCUACUCGCAUCUGUUUGGUUAACAGUUAUGCUUGCCAUAGAAAGGUACAUAGCUAUAUGCCAUCCUCUUCGAGCAAUGGGAAUUUGCACCGUGAUCAGAGCUAGGAUAAUAAUUGUGUUAAUAUUCAUUUGUUCGUUCUUGUUUCGGCUGCCAGAAUUUUUCAAAAUCAAACCAUAUACUUUUUACGACCACUGCAUUGACAAAGAAGUCCCACUUACACAACCAACAGACCUUGCAUUUAAUGAAACAUUUCGUCAUAUUUAUUCCUGGUCUGAUUGCUUCUUCUUGGCAGUGCUACCAUUUUCACUAUUACUCUUCCUUAACGUUUGCCUCAUACGAGAAAUUCACCGUUCAACAAACUAUCUACGUUAUCACCUCGCCAGUGACUCUAAUGUUCAGACCAUCAUUACCGGGGAAGAAAUAAAAAUAACGAUGAUGUUAAUCAGUGUCGUUGUGGUAUUCUUCAUUUGUGAAGCACCACAUGUGAUCCUGGUUGUGAUGAAACGUCUACGUCCAGACGAGCGCUUUCCGAAUUUUCAGUUAAUGACAAAUAUUACAAUAUUGCUACUGGUGCUAAGGUCAUCAUUCAAUUUCAUUUUAUACUGUUGGUUUAGCGAGAAGUUUUGGAACACAUUUAAAAAGACAUUCUGCAUGCCACAGUGUUUUCUAACCCAUGCUCCAAACUGGUUACGAUCACGUGUCUGGAACAACAGCGAUCGGGGUCACAGCAACAACAAUCUGACAGCAGGUGGGCACGGGGAAACAAGGACAACAACAACUCACUAUGAAAAUGGAAUGAUCUUAAGAUCGUCAUACGACAACAACCAUCAGACAAACGACCAUAUCAAUACAAAUCUGUAACCUAGCCUGAUUUGUCAUUUCAACAUUUUGGGAAUCUGUGACAAAAUUAAUCUGGCAUUCCUUGGUCAGUACUCAGUUCAGUUCUACUAUUACUAUUUGCAAGAGGUGUGACACUUCCUGAUUCCUUUGGGUGCCAAAUUUCAAACUUGUCUGGCACCAUCUUUCAGACUUUCAUGAGGUGCCAUAUAUGAAACUCUCACUAGGUGCUAUCUUUUAAAAUUUUUUGAAGUGUCAUAUUUGAAACUUACUAAAUGCCAUUUUUCAGCAUUUAAGGAGGUUUUGAGGUGCCAUCUGUGACCGUCGGUUCAGCAGCUUCAAAUGGUUGCGGGGAAAUUAUACUCAAGCGGUAACUGACCACCGAAGACCGAUCAGUCAGCAAAUAUUUUGGAGUGGGGUCAUUGCCCCUGUAUGGUUGUACAAAUGAUAAACUCCAUGUUUCAGUUCUGUAAUUAAUUCUUUUAUUUUAUGAUGGACAUCAAUGUGUAGUUUAUGUAAUGUUAUUUCAAUAUUUUAGUAUAGUCCAGUAUUCCAAAUGUUAUCAAAGUUGUACGUUCAAAAUAUAAUUAAAGAUAAACACAUCCAAGACAAGCACCAAAAUUGUAUUCUGUACUGUCAAUUUAGUUUAGCGAAGUUGCUUGUUCGAAAUUUCAAAAAAGACUGGUUUUUAGUUUGAAAACAAAUUAUAAGUUUUCAAAUACAAUCUCCAGGGUAACCAUAUUAGCCAAUAAAAAUUUAAAAGUAAUUUUAUAUUUAAACCAAUGAAAAUUAUUGUAACAAAAAGGUGAAAUCAUUUACUUAAGAAUUUAGAAGUUUACUUAACAGACAUCCCAACUUUUUCUGAAUGCCAAGUGGGAGUUUUUGCUUUCCAAAGUGGGAGAUUGAGGUGUUCAAGUGGGAGAUUUUAUACCGCGGUAAUUAUGUUCAUGAUAACGAAGCUUUUAACAAAUCUAAUGAUAAUAUAAACUUAUUUGCCCUUAUAAAAUCACUAGUCUUAAAAAAUUCACUUGUCUAUAUCUUAUUAUUCAUGCAUUUUUAAUGUUUUGGAACAAUAAUACAUGAAGCCUUCUGUGCAAAAUUAAAUAGUUAUGGCACUUGAAGCACUAUGUCUCAAUUCAAAACACCACUGAGAAUUAAACCUGCACUUUUAUUUCUUUUGUUGGAAAGAAGACUCCCCAGGUGAAUUUUACAUGACAAACAGUGCAGCUGUUAGAACUGUAAAAACAAAAUGUAUAUAGCUAAAAGAAUAAAAGUUCAAGCAAUAGAAAAUUUACUGUUUGAUUCUCAUCUCUGUCAACCAGUAUUUAAAACCCCUCGCUCAAAUACUUUUAUUGAUCAAAAUCCUGUUAUCCAACAUAGAAUGUCCGGGUAUUGUUACACUUUCGUAGAUUUGCCUAAAUCUCCAGUUAAAAGGAUAUGUUUGACAAAUUGUUAUGAUGCAAAGACAGUUUAACAGCAUUUGAUUGUAAGUGAUAUUAAAAUUUACCAUGACAUUUCCUCUUAUCAAAAUGAUUUUAAGAGAAACGUUUUUUAAAACCUAACAGGUUGACUCGGCGACCAUCUACUU